GCACUUUGGUCACACUCGUGUAAACACAAACGUUUAUAGCAUAAAAUAUUUUUGUUACUAAUUUAGCAAUCAAGAUGGAAAUGGUAGAUCCAGAUGCUCAUUUGGUGGCCCUUAAAGUUAUGCGCCUGAUGCGGCCCACUUUGGUGGGGCUUGGACCAGUGGUUACCUGCGAGCCCACUGACUUGGUCCAGCGUUUAGGUCAUGCGCAGGAGCGACCAGAUGCCAAUGUGGGUGACGGAAUGGCCGGAGAAACACUGGCAGCUGGUCAAGUCCUGCUGCUCCCACAAUCGUUUGGCAGCAUUUAUUUGGGUGAAACGUUUGCUAGCUACAUUUGUGUGCACAACACCACCGCGAAUCCGGUGGAGUGUGUGACCGUUAAGGCAGAUCUCCAGUCGAACACUUCACGCAUUAACCUAUCCAUGCACGAGCAGGCCAAGAGCCCUGUUGUAUUGGCACCUGGCGGCACCAUCGACGACGUUAUCCGGUACGAAGUGAAGGAAAUCGGCACGCACAUCCUUGUCUGCGAAGUGAAUUACUCGACGCCCGCCGGCUAUGCCCAGUCGCUGCGAAAGUUUUUCAAGUUUCAGGUCCUGAAGCCACUCGAUGUGAAGACCAAGUUUUACAAUGCCGAAAUAGACGAAAUAUACUUGGAGGCUCAGAUUCAAAACGUGACCACCAGCCCAUUCUGUUUGGAAAAGGUGGAAUUGGACGGUUCCGAGGACUAUUCUGUGACUCCUCUAAAUACCUUGCCCAAUGGGGAGUCUGUGUUCACUGUGAAGCACAUGCUGCAGCCCAACAAUAGCUGCCAGUUUCUGUAUUGCAUUAAGCCAAAGGCGGAUAUUGCCAAGGAUAUAGAUACCUUGCGGCAGUUCAACAACGUUGGUAAACUCGACAUUGUCUGGCGGUCGAAUCUGGGCGAGAAGGGCCGGCUGCAAACCAGUCAGCUGCAGCGACUGCCAUUUGAAUGCAAAACACUUCGCCUGGAGAUACUGGACGCGAAGAAUACAGUUAAAAUCGGCACUAUAUUCACCUUCAACUGUCGCGUGACGAACACAUCGGAGCAGCCAAUGAAGUUGAACGUACGCCUGGAAGCUAAAUUUUCGCCCGAUAGCCAAUACACGGGAUGCGCGGACUUUAUGCUGAAACAACUUCAAAGUGGAGAAAGUGCCGAGUUCCCACUUUCCAUUUGUCCGUCCAAGUUGGGUCUCGUGAAAGUGGCGCCCUUGAUAUUGACCAACACAUUGCAAAGUGAUCAGCAGUUUACCAUUGAUAAUGUUGUCGACGUUUUUGUUGUAAACUCCGAUUACAACAACGACCCCACAACGCAUCAAAACAAGUUGAUUCGCUAUGAAAGCGCCACGAGCUGUCUAAACCAAAAGCAAGUGCAGUUGCAGGUGGUUUAAAAUUGCCUGUUUGUAAAAUGUAUUUUUAAAUGGAAUUAAAUAUUUAACAGAAUGUAAAAAAUACCAGAAAA